AUGACGACCCAGACGGGUGAAGCGGGCUUGAUGACCCAACCAGGGUCCGACGACUCGGACGGGUCCAACGACCAGGACAGGUCCGACGACCCGGACAGGCCCAACGACUCAAACAGGGCAAACUAUCCAGACGAGCCCAACGAUCUGGAUGGGCCCGAUGAAACAAACAUGUUCGAUGACCCAAACAGGCCCGACUAUCCAGACAGGCCCAAUGACCCAGACGAGCCCGACAUCCCGAAUGGGCCCAACAACCCGGACGAGCCUGACAACUCGAACGGGCCCGACGACCCGAAUGGACCUGACGAUCUAGACGGGCCUGACGACAUUGACGAUUUUGACGACCCGAAUGAGUCCGAGGACACGGACAGCCCAACAACCCAAACUUGUAGGAUGACGCGAACGGGCUCGACGACCUGGACGAACCCGACAACACAAAUAGGCCCGACAACCCAAACGGGAACGAUGACCCGGACGGGCCCUUCCAAAUCGUCGGUUCGGACGAUCCAUACGGGCCAAAUGACCUAA